AUUCAGACGUUCAAACUGACAUUUCCUACAAGAUCGGAGACCGAGUAUAACUCAACAUGAUCCAGCUGUGAAUAGAUCUACUGCUUCCAUCAUCAAACCUGACGAUUUGUUUGAUGGGCUAGUAUUUAUAGACCUAAACAAAAACCCCACAAAAUAUAUCCAAACUCCCAUUCUCUUGUCCACUUUUCAAAACUAACUCAAACAGCUCAACACGUUGGGCUGUAAAGAGCAGCGUUUCUGUCUGUGCAGCUUUGAAGAAGCCUGGACUGUGUGUGUGUGUGUGUGUGUGUGUGUGUGUAGCACAGAGGCAUGCAGUGUGUAUCCGCGAAAAGGUGCACAUCCAUAUGGGUCUGCGUUUCCACUUCCAAGCGAGGGAAUGAAGAAGCGAGAGGUAGAAAAAGGGAGAGAGUCUCAUUUGUAUUCACCACGAAUCUACAUUCACCUGCCAGAGCAACAGCAACCCCCCACCCACUCUACCCUCAACAGAUGGCCACCCGUCAGCUCCCAGCAGACACACACACACACACACUCACUCUCAUUCUCUCCCUCAAUCAAGUACGCACACACACACCGACGCACUGGCACAAAAUAAGCUUCCCCACACUUAGUGAGAUGAGCAGGGAUCCUUGGUGUAAAAUGGAGUGGAUGAAACAUAUGAUUAGAAAUAGGGAGGGAAGUCAUUAGUACAAAGCAGAGCUCCAGUGUCACGUUAUUUAUCUAGCACUGAGCAUACAUCAAUUACCCAUGCAUGGAUAUGCUUAAAUAUUAAUCCCCUCAUUCGUCCUCGUUCCCUCUCCCACCUUUCUCCCUCUGUUCGCCACCCGUCAGGAUCAGUGGCUGGCCCGCAGUCCCAUGCUGCAGCGGCGCGUGUACCACGUCAUGGCGGCCGUGAGGAGGCAGCUCUACGUGCUCGGCGGCAACGACCUGGAUUACAACAACGACCGCAUCCUGGUGCGUCACAUCGACUCCUACAGCAUGGACCUGGACCAGUGGACCCGCUGCUCCUUCAGCCUCCUCACAGGUCAAAACGAGUCUGGAGUGGCCGUCCAUGAUGACAGGAUUUAUGUGGUAGGAGGGUACUCCAUUUGGACCAACGAGCCUUUGGCAUGCAUCCAGGUGCUGGACCUGAGCAUGGAGGGGAAGGAGGAGGUUUUCUACGGACCGACACUGCCUUUCGCCUCAAAUGGGAUUGCAACCUGUUUCCUCCCAGCUCCUUAUUUCACCUGCCCCAACCUCCAGACGCUACAAGUGCCCCAUCACAGGAUAGGUGCUGUGUAGCUCACUGACUUGGGAAACGUCUGAGAACCAGCCGAUGGAUCAAUCGGCGCUUGCAAACCAGAAUGAGGAAAAACAGCCAGUAAAGAGAACAGGCUGCUCUAGCGUGGGUGUAAGACGGGAAGCCGCGCCGCUUCUUAAAGCUGUUCCUCCUGCAUUAAGACCGGGACAUCAUUCAGACUCAGUGGAAGGUCCGUCACCUCUGUUGAGAUGGACGGGGUAAAUAUAGUUGAGCGGUCCGACUAGCCACAGGAAACGGAAAGUUGCUGGAACCAAUAAUAGGGCUGUAAGUUUGUUUCCUACCCAGCGAAAAAAAACACUAAAAAAAGUCAACAAUGUCCAUCGAUUCCCGUUGCAAGUUUCCUAGGCGGACCCAGAUGAACAUGUUGCAGAGGCAACGCUUGAAUUUUUUUUUUAAUCCCCUAAAUGAUGUGAAUUUGACAACAGAUUCAACAUACAGAAUGUAGCUGCGUUUCCAUUAAAAGUGUGCGCAAAACUUUUGUUGAAAAAAAACAAAAGCAAAACAAAAAACAUUUUCGCAAUUGUUGCAUUAACAUUAAAUGGGAAAUGCAAUUAAAAUCACACGUGAAUAAGUUUGUUCACAUAAGUCAUUCAGAAACAUUCUCCUACCACUUCCUGUUGUCUUCUUCCUUGUUUUUCCACCAGUAGUAACAGCCGACCGUUGAUCAUGUGGUUCGUGUUGUGUG